CCCCCCCUCGUUGAGGUUCCGCGGUCUUCAGACUGGAGGCGGGCGACUCGUCUCAUGGAGGGUUAGAACGCGACAGCGACCUCUUCCUCCCCGUGAUGAGGGCGGCGUUGCCCACGGACGCCAUUCGAGUGAGAGGUAUCAGACAUUGAGACUCUACUGUGUUCUAUGCGGGAGAUAGGCCUCGGCAAGAAUCACUCUACUGGCCGGGACGAGAGCUCACCAAGAAGACCACUCUGGCCGCUCCGGUGACAGUGCAGGCUGGCUGCCGACUGUCUCAGUACAACCGACAGCUGCCACAAAAUGAUGACAAACCAGAACAAUAUGACCGUAGGUCUUCCCAAAUAGACUGGGCCUCACAGAAUAGUCAGAUGCUGCAAAGAGACCAGGUACCACAAACUCACAAUAAGCCAUCACUAAAAUACCAGCAGCUGCAACCCGAACAGACGUCACAAAUCAACCACUGGGUGUUGAAACAUGACUGCAUCGUACAAACUGAGCAAGUGUUGCAGAACAGCCGAUUGCCACAAAAAGACCAGGUGGCAAAAAUUAUCCAGCUUUCACAACAUAAUGGCAAGCCAUCGCAAAAAGUUCAGUCUUCACAAAAAAAACACAUUUUACAGAUCAACCACUGGGCGUCAAAAUAUGACUGCAUGUCACAAACUCAGGAGGCGUCACGUAAAGUAGCACAAACCAAAAGCAGUCCCCAAAACGGAGAGGUAUCACGAAGCCAGAAAGGGGCGACACAAAACCGGUUCCCACUGCGCACCGGCAGUGCGAGGAGCUUCACAGCAGUAGCGGCGGUGAACGCGGCACCGUCCCCACUGCUGCCACCGCCAUUCUCACGAUUCUACCCCACACAGCGUGAGCCUCACUCCAGCAAGCGGAGCUCGGCGGCGGCCCCAGGAAAGACGAAGCCAGGCUCUGCACGAGUCUCGCGGCGGCCGUCCGCCCAGACGCUCGCUUUCCCGCAUGAGGAGGCAAAGAGUUGCUCGUCAGCUACCACCGCCGCCUCCACCUCCGCCGCCACCUCUGCCGCCACCUCCGCCAUCCUGCUACAGGUGACGAGCAGGUCACAUGCCGGAUCGGACAGUGGGUAUGCCUGUGGUAGGGUCACCUGUGGUAGGCAAAAGGCACGUUGUGGGCGACCUGCGUGUGGCGGGGAGAAGCCUGGACCUUUCCCAGAGGCCGGUGGGCAGCACGCAGCACGACCUCACGGGAGACGGAGCCCAGGACGAGUUCCGGCACCUUCCACAUCUCCUCCAGCGCUGGCGCGGACUGGAUUUGGGGCCCUGCCGUGGUGUGUCGGCACGCCCGCCCUGCCUUCUCGCCGCCAUCAAACCACGCAAUGUGCAGCGCGAACGUGGGCGCUUCGUGCGCGCCGGCUUCGCAUACAACCCGCGUUUCGAGUACGCGAACCCCACCGAUCCCGUGCUGCUUGCGCGCUAUGCUGUUCCGUCGAACUGCUUCCUGCCACAGGCUGUGAGCAUCCUGGAGCGGACACUGAGCCGGUAUGGCAGCUACGAACACUUUGAGCAGGACAUGGGGGGCGACGUGCUGUCCCCUCGCCGUAUCUGGGCUCACGUGCGCACCUACAUGGAGAAGGAGGGCUGCCUCGGCGAGGUGGUGGUGAGCCUGCACGACGACCUGCUGUCGCGUGCCUCCAUGACAGUGCAAAACGGCCGCCCCACGCUAUGCAUCAACACGGCAGCGGCGCGUGAGCACUGGCUCGAGGGGAUGCUGCAGCACGAGAUCGGCACACACUUCCUGCGGGGGCUGAAUGGCGCCCGCCAGCCGUGGGGACGCCCAAGCGGGCGGCGCCGCUUUGCGCUGCGCCCGGCGAAUCCCACUGAGGAGGGGCUGGCGAGCGUGCACAGCGUGUUGCACCGCCGUGACCCGCUGCUGUGGCGCGCCGCGCUGCUCUACUACGCUGUGAGCCGUGCCGCCCACCUCUCCUUCUCCGCGCUCUUCGCGGAGCUCGGCCGCUUCGUGCGUGACCCAUCCACACGAUGGGAGUAUUGCCUCCGCGCGAAGCGCGGCCAGGAGGACACCUCCGUCCCGGGCUGCUUCAACAAAGACCAGGUUUACCUGACGGGCGUCCUCGCCAUCCUGCGCCACCGCCGCUCCAUUGACUUCCAGAUGCUCUACACCCUGGGCAAGGUCUCCAUCGAGGACGUGGAGCGGCUGCGUCCGCUGGCCACAGCAGAGAAGACGCGGCUGCCGCACUUCCUACGUAAUCCCGAGAGCUACCAGCGUGAGCUCGACCGGAUCAUAUCUGCUAACGGACUGUCGGACUCGGAGCUGCUUGAGCUCAUGCCAGACUAAGCGACAGGGCAGCACCGCCAAGAGGACCACUGGGCAUUCCGUUUGCGAGCUUCCACGGAUGCGGGCCACAGAGUGAUGGCUGUGGGAUCCGCGCAAAACUAGAGUCGGACAGCUGUCAUUAUGUCCAGUCAGCAUUAAAUCAAAAACGCUAUUCACCACAGAUGCGGCAUUUGAACGUUUAUUGAGAUCUGCCCGGGGGUUGCAGCGGCUUGGUGGAGUCCACCAAGCUGUGCGCAGAGUCAACGGAUUCACUCCCGCUACAGCCGCCUUUUUUUGUACAAGAAUCUCCUCAAAACCUCAGUUGUUGUAAAGUGAAUGUUGAAGACUAAGUAUAAUUAUUUACAGCCCCUUUGUCAAUCCACUACGACAUGAAGCCCUCCACACACUGUGUCAGUCAUGGAGGUUGUUUGACCAUACUUUUCUACGUUGAUGAGUGUAAGUUGGUGAAAAGGGAGCUCAGAACUAUUUCAGAUAUCACCAUCGCUUCAGUUCAGCUGUGUUAGUGUGGAGUGGUGGUGCAGUGGUUUUCUGUAUUGCACCAUAAUCCCGCUGGCUGAGUUCAAUUCCAAGCCUCUCUCGAGAGAGGGCGGUUGGGAGAGAGGAGUAUAAAAAGGGCAGCUCUCCCAGCGUGAGUCAGUCCACACUCACCUCAAGACCCGAAUUCAUCUAGAUAGCGCCCUGGCACUUCCGACCCCCGGCCCUUGUCAGGGCCAGGUCCGAACGGCCCAGUGGCGGCACCCGUUACCCUGACAAGGUCGGGUGAGCAUAGCCUCCCCUAGGUCCCUUAGCGGAGGAAUUCCCGAUAGCAGAGAAUAGUGUGAGGGCACACUAAGUGUGAGGACGUAUCCUCUAGGCUAUCGGGUGGGAGAGGCAGAUACCUAUUCUUAGGUUUUUUCGGUAAAGUCACGUAGGUAAAAACAUCAAAAUUAAUGAAAAUAAAAUAAAACAAAAAAUCACGACGUUUCGGAGGCAACACAUCGUGAUUUUUUGUUUUAUUUUAUUUUCAUUCAUUUUUAUGUUUUUACCUACGUGACUUUACCGAAAAAACCUAAGAAUAUGAAUCCUUGCAGUCACGAAAGCUUCAAAUCUAGAAUUAAGGCCGAUACCUCUCCAUGUUA